AGAGAGACAGAGAGAGGGAGGCUGACUCAGAUGCAUGUGGUCGGCGGCAGUGCGCCCCCAGCGGCGGUGCCAUGUCGCUGCCGCUCCUGCGCCGGCGUUAAAAAGCGGCGGGCGGCGCGCCGGGGCCACUGUGUGGGGUGUGUUUGAACAAGAGACACACAAAAGUUGGUAGCGGAUUUUUCUGGCGUCUGACCUGCAGCAGCAUCCGUCGAAAGCAUCAUGGCAAACAAAGCACAGCAGCCUCCUCACCUGCACCUGGCCGAGGUCACCGCGUCCCAGUUCCUUGACAUUUGGAAACAUUUUGACGCUGACGGUAAUGGCUACAUUGAAGGGAAGGAGCUGGAGAACUUCUUCAGGGAGCUGGAGAAGGCCCGGAGAGGAGCAGGGGUGGACCCUUCAAACCCCAUAUUCAGAGAAAAGAUGAAGGAGUUCAUGCAGAAGUUUGACAAGAACAAAGAUGGACGAAUUGAGAUGUCAGAGCUGGCCCAGAUUCUCCCAACUGAAGAGAACUUCCUGCUCUGCUUCAGAGAGUUUGUCAGCUCCAGUGCUGAGUUUAUGGCGGCUUGGCGGCGAUAUGAUACAGAUCGCAGUGGUUACAUCGAAGCAAACGAAUUGAAGGGCUUUCUGUCAGACCUGCUGGAGAAGGCUAACAGACACUACGAUGACCAGAAGCUCCUGGAGUACACACAGACCAUACUCAGGAUGUUUGAUCUGAAUGGAGAUGGGAAGUUGGGUCUGUCAGAGAUGGCAAGGCUUCUCCCUGUUCAGGAGAAUUUCUUACUCAAAUUCCAGGGUGUCAAGUUGACCACUGAGCAGUUCAAUGCCAUUUUUGCAUUCUAUGACAAGGAUGGGAACGGCUACAUUGAUGAGCAGGAGUUGGAGGCCCUGCUACGAGAUCUUUACCAGACAAACAAGAAGGAUGUGGACGUGAAGAACCUGACGGGCUACAAGCAGAGCAUCAUGACCCUGUCUGACGGAGGGAAGCUCUACCGUGGCGAGCUGGAAAUUGUCCUCUGCAGGGAGCCAAUUGUGUGACUCUUCCUCCUCUCUUGUUGUGUAUCCUCAUUUUUCUCUGCCUGCCCCGCCUUGCACUCCUGAGACCACACCCACAUCCAGCUGCCUGGCAACAUAGAUCAGGUGCAUGUGCCAGACACCCCCUCUAUCAUUUCCCAUCAACUCCCCUCAAGU